AUGGGUAAGGAACCAUCAGUCGACUUCUCAGAGCAAUAUCAGAAUGAGCUAAUCAUUCAACAUCAUCACGCUUUCGAUACUUUACGAAAUGAACAUCGACUGGCUGGAGAAAUGAUUUGGAACUUCGCAGAUUUCAUGACAGAUAUGUCCAUCUUACGGGCAGUUGGCAAUCACAAAGGUGUCUUUACCAGAGAUAGGCAGGCAAAAAUUGCUGCAUACACACUCAGGAACCGAUAUCUGUCGUUGUUCAACCAAACAGAAUUGGAAAAAUGGGAUUAA